AUGGAUUACUAUCAGAAGCUAUCACGAAAUGCACCCAUUUAUGGUGUUAAAGGAAAAGUAUGUGGAAUCAACGGUUCGACAAAAGGUCUAAUUAUGUGUAAUAAUAGCAUUGUAGCAGCAGCGGACCUUUACGCGAAUCGACGGAAGUGGGUUCCAAUAUUUUUCAAGAGUGAAUUUUGGGCAGGCAUGAGGAGUACACAGCAUAGUGAAAGUAUGCACGCAUUUUAUGGUGGAUACCUGCAUUGCAAGAGUGUGUUGGUUCAGUUCGUCCAUGAAUACGACAAUGUCCUCGGCACCAAGGAGCAAAAGGAGCUGGAAGAUGAUGCUGCAGACUCGAAAGGGGUCAUCCCAUGUAUAGGGAGCACCGGCAUUGAGAGACAGUUUCAGCUGGAAUACACCAGUAUGGACAAGCAGAAGUUUUUUUGGGGGAAGCCAGUCUACCAUACUUUUAGGGUCGACUUUGACCCUUUGAGUCAAAAGGGUCAGUGCGAGUGCAACAAGUUUGAAUCCGCUGGUAUAUUGUGUUGCCACACCCUUGCGGUCUGGUCAUACUACAGAGUUGACGUAGUACCGAGCUGCUACGUUCUUCCUCGAUGGAAUAAGAAUGUCAUCCGCAAGCACACUUAUGUCAAGAGUAGCCAUGACGUGGCUCGGAGUGAUGAAAGCAACAACUUGUUCAGGCAUCUGUGUUCAGAGUUCUAUAACGUUGCGCAGGAGUUUGUUGCUUGUGAUGAGGAAGCAGCUAUCUUGCGAGCUGCCCUUUGGGAUGCAAAGUCCAAGCUGAUUGAUUACCGUGCCAGCAUGCGUUCCAAUACUACUGCUGCGUCUCAGAAUACCGUGCCCACACAGAGCACAUGCGGUGCGGUUGUACAUGACAUUCAGGGACCCUCAAGAGUCAAGACCAAAGGACGGCCUAAGGGUAAGAGACUUGGAGCAGAGUUGGACAAGUCAAUUAAGAAAUCAAUGCAAAAAAGGAAUAGGAAAUCACACCCGGAUGAGGUUCACCUUCCGUCAAAUAAUGAUCAUCAUGGGUCCCUUAAUAAAAGAUGUGAGGAUUCUACUAUGUGGAACUCAUCGGAAGGUGGCGGAUUCAUGCACCUGUUGAAUUCCUUUAGGCAUAUAUAG